AUGUAUAUUUCGGGACCAACAGGAACUGGCAAAACAUUCACUGUGCAACACUUUUUUUCAAGUAUUUCUCAUUUACAUCGAUUUGAAUUAUUAAAUCUAAAUUGUGUUUUAUUUAAAAUGGAAAAAGACAUAUUACGAUUUAUUUUUGAUAAGUUAACAAAAGCGAAUAAACAGCCAAAUGUUUCGAAUUUACUUGAAUGCAUCGAAAAUGUCUUUUCGAAUGCCGAAAUUCCAAUAAUAAUUGUUCUUGAUGAAAUCGAUUAUAUGAAGUCAAAAAAUAAUUCAUUUCUAUAUAAAUUCUUCGAAUGGCCAACAAAAUAUUCGCAAGUCGCUUGUAUAGGUGAAGGUGUUUCAGGAAUUUCGAAUUCACUGGAUUUAACAGAAAGAAUUUUACCGAAGCUGAAAUUAAGCCAUUCUCCAGUUCGCGUUAUAUUUUCGCCAUAUACAAGAAUUGAAAUUCAACAAAUUUUAGUCAACAAAUUGUCCCACAUCGGUGAAGUAGAUAUGCAAGCUAUUGAAUUAUGUUCUCGUAAAAUUGCUUCAAUGACUGGUGAUAUUCGUUUUGCUCUACAGAUUGGACGGCAAAUGCUUUUUUCUUCAAAUGAAAAAGAAAAUAAAUACUGUGAAAGAGUGCUUGGAACACUAUCGAAUAUUUACGAUUCUCCAAUUUUGCGUAUUAGAUUACCCAUUCAACAAAAAAUUAUUUUAGCAGUUAUGUUGAAUUUAUCUCAGAAAUAUUCUACUACGGCUAUCAACAAAGAUUUAUUUGAAAAAUCCUAUCAUAAUGGGUGCAAAAAGUUAUCAGUGGUAAGUAUGAAUGCGAAUGAUUUGAGCAGCUCGUUAUUAUUGCUUGAAUCACAAUCAGUAAUUCAAAUCAAAUCAUCUCAUUAUCAGUUACUUAUUGAUGCGGGUACUGCUGCCAAAAUCAUCUCGGACUCAACAUUAAUUAGCCAAUUUUUCCUUAAUUAA